CUGGUGCUUCCAGCCAGCAGCAGCAGCAGCAGCUAACAAUUCUUUGUGAGAGAGGAGAGUCGGGGGGGCGGCGGUGGAGGUGGUGGGGGUUUGCAGAGCAUCAGACAGUGAGAGAGCUGACAGUGUGAGCAGAAGGGAGGAAGACUUGAAUCGGUGACGGAGGCUGAGGUGCUCUCUGCUGCACAGUCGCCGCUGAGACGACAGGAGGACGGGGCAGAGCGUCAUGGCAGAGCAGACUGCACCAUCACGACACAUGGCGGUGAGCGGCUGCUGCUGAACGCGGGCGAUGCAGAGGCAGUCAGGAGGAGCACCUCCUGGAAACCAAAUGCAGGCUGAAGAAACAGGUGUUACCUGUGGAGCGAGUCCAAAGAUGAGUGGGAUCCUGAAGAGGAAGUUCGACGAAGGACCACAACCGUAUUUGUCCCUGCAGGGGUCCGAAGAUGACGAGGUUUCUUGCAGCGACAGUGGAAAUAGCAGCGAUAGUCUCAACAAUUCCGUCCCUUCCGGGAUUCCGGACUCUAACCUCCAGCGGCAGUCAAAGCGAAUCCGAGGCCGCAAUGUGCACUUUGAGAGCGUGACGGUUUACUACUUCACCCGGCGGCAGGGCUUCACCAGCGUGCCCACGCAGGGCGGCAGCACCCUGGGCAUGUCCCCGCGUCACAGCGGGGUGCGGCGCUUCACCCUCAGAGAGUUUGCGCUGGAGCAGAACCGCAGCCACCAGAACAUGCUGAGGGACCAUCUCAAGAAGGAAAAGCUCAACGCCAUCAAGCUCAAGUUGACUAAGAACGGGACAGUGUCUUCGGCCGAGGCGGACACUCUCACGCUCGAUGACAUCUCGGAGGACGACCUGGACGUGGACAACACAGAGGUGGACGACUACUUCUUCCUCCAACCUCUGACCACCAGGAGGCGCCGCGCCCUCCUGCGCGCCUCCGGGGUCCGCCGCAUAGAUGUGGACGAGAAGCACGAGCUGCAGGCCCUGCGGAUGUCCCGGGAGGAGUGCGGGUGCCGCUGUCAGGGGAUCUGCGACCCGGAGACGUGCGCUUGCAGCCUGGCCGGCAUUAAGUGCCAGGUGGACCGCAUGUCCUUCCCCUGCGGCUGCACCAAAGACGGCUGCAGCAACGGCGCCGGCCGCCUGGAGUUCAACCCGGUCCGCGUGCGCACCCACUUCCUGCACACCAUCAUGAAGCUGGAGCUGGAGAACGGCCGCCAGGAGCCGUAUCCGCAUCCGCCGGAGCGGCAGCAGCUCGUCACCAACGGCAACGGUUACCAUGGCGACCCCGCCUUGAUUCAGCAGCAGCAGCAGCCGAACCUGCAGUCCUCGCUGAUGAUGCCCAAUCCCGUCGCGCAGCUGUCCAGCGCAGGCGACGCCGAUUUGCAGCUUGAGGAGGAGGAAGAGGAGGAGGAUGAAGACGACGAGGAGGAGGAAGACGACUACGAUGAAGAGGAGGACGAGGCGUACGACGACGAUGACGGCAGCAGCGUCUGCAGCGUGCUGUCGGACUGCAGCACCCACAGUCUGGAAACCUUCAACCCAGAGGAGGGAGAGGAGGAUGAGGAGGACGAAGAGGACGAGGAUGACGAUGACGACGAAGAGGAGGAAGAGGAGGAGGACUGGGACUGUUCGUUAGAUGGAAUGGGUCCCCCUCCGUACCCCGUCCCCCUCCCGUCCGUGCUCAGCUACUCCAACAGCCCCCUGGUGGGCCUCGCCGGCUCCUUCCACGGCGCCGCCCCUCUGCAGCAGUACGGCAACGCCCCGCCGUUCCCCGCCGAAAGCACCCCCAUCCUCCCGUCCGUAGAGUCUGCGUUUGAGUCCGACAUCAAAACGGGGCUCCUCCACACAGAGCGGCCAAAUCCGAACACUGCCCCCGCCUCCACAGACCUCCAGAACAAUCCAGAACACCCCGACUCACAGACUGAAGCUGGGGGGCCGACCAAGGAAACCAGGGAGGCCCCGCAGCCAGUAGCACCGUCAGAGAGUGUCUGAUGACUGUCGCAGGGAAAUCUGGGAAAUCGUUUUUGAUAAGUGCCCUUCCAAAAACAGAACAAAAGGCUCCAAACACUCAUCAAAAGAUUGUCAAAGCAGACGAUUCAAUCACACCAAUAAACAAUAAACCGUUUCUCUGAGUUCAACCGCACAAAGAAGGCCGUGAAUGUCGUGAAGUCUACCGCAUGUUUCCAGACGACGACCGGCAUCCGUGACGAAUCCCAGCCAGAUUUCGAGAUGCCCCCGUCGCUUCUUUGUGUUUCUGCCGUGCCGCCGUUUUGCUGUUGCUGCUACAUGCUAACCUGUACUGCAUGCGCUCAGCUUGCUGACGAUGUCUCAUGGCCUGCAGUCUGUAAAACUGUAAAUGUCACAACAGGACAAAAAAAAACAAAAAAAGUCAUAUAUGAAUGACUAUCAGUACGUGUUAAUUAUAAUUCAUACAACCAGAGA